AUGACUGGAGGCGACUUUGGGCAUGGUGAUGGAGCCCCUGCAGCGGCCGAAAACAAUUUUUGGCUAUGGGGCACCUGGGGGAAACGAGUGAUCAAGGCACCUUUCCUCACUCAGAAGGUUCCAGGAAAAAUUCGAGACAUCAUCAUCGGCCAGAAUUUCAUCAUUGCCUUGAAGGAGGAUGGGCAGCUGGUCUCCUGGGGCGAGGACAAAGUCGGAUGUUUGGGCUUGGGCAGUGAGCAGGUGAAUGUGCAAGAUCCAAAGAAGAUUUUCUUCCCUUCGGACUUCAAGGGCAAAGUUGUAGACGUCCAGUAUGGAAGGCACCACGUUUUAGCGCUGACAAGCUCGGGCAAGGUCUAUGCUUGGGGCGACAACAACAAAGGCCAGCUUGGCCUCAGCGACCAACAAAGCCGGUACGAACCCGUAGCAGUGGAGGGGCUGCAAACAAAAACGGUGAUUCAAGUUCUGGCACUGGACCACAUGAGCUACGCACUCACAAGCGAUGGGAAUGUUUACGCAUGGGGCGACAACACUGAUGGGUGCUUGGCGUUAGGACACGACAAAGCUGUGGUUGACAAGCCGGAGCCCAUGAUGCGCAUGCAAGGGACCACUGUCAAAAAGCUGGUGGUGCGAGACUGUGGCGGAUCAGCUGGAAAAGGCAAAACGGUCAUCGCAUUCGUUGAAUUGGCAGAUCCCCUGCCUCAAAAGGACAGCAUCGGUGGUUUCGACCGUCCUUUGGGAGAGACGGACCGGCCUUUGGAUUUGGUUUUGUCAGAUGACAUGGAGAAAGACAUUUUUGAGGGAGUUGACUUGAUGCGGCAGGUGAUGGACAACACACAAGCCUGGUGGGAGGACAUCCUCAAGAUUCGCCAUGGAUCUCCCUACAACAACAACCCUUUGCAAGCUGACACCGACAAGAAGGAAGGCGACGGUCCGACGGCUAUGCAGCUGGAUGCCUAUGUUGAUGUGGAGCGAUUGGCAGAAGCCAUGUCAGAGCUUGACAAGUACAUCGAGGCAGCCCGCGCGCAACUUUUUGAAAUCCGAAAGAAGAAGGGGAUCAAGAAUGUGAAGUUCAUGCUCUCCCUCUUCAUGGAUGACUGCAAGCUCCGAAAGGAAAAGAUAUCGAGCGCAAGACAUGCACGCGAACUCAUGAAACUGAAAAGAGCGACAAAAGGCCGAAAAGAAGAGACAGAUCUGCUUUCAAUAGGGGCAGACAGGGGCGAAGCAUAUCUUGCUGAGCAAAUUGCGGCUGUGCUGUCGCAGCUGUCAGAGGUAACUGCAUUGAAGGCGCAGGAGAUUUACAUGCAGGAACUGCAGGACAGCCGACGGGAAGUGCUGGAGCUGAAACACAAGGCCUUGCUGGACCAGAGAGAGCUUCUCAAAUCUUAUCGCAGCCAGAAGCCCGACAUCUCACGCCCAGGAUUGGAGAUCCUAAAAAGUCGAUGGGACGACCUCAAGCGCUUUUCGAUCUACGACCUUUACCAGGAUUGCAAUCUUCGUGGCCAGGGAUUAACCUUCAACUCAGACGAGGAGAUGUUUUCAUUUUUGGUCACAAGCUCCAAUGCGAAGAUCGACCAGAUCAUUCAGAUAGAUGACGACAGGCUGGUAUCCCGAGACUUGGCAGCAAGACAAAAAGUGCAGGCGCAGGUAAGGGAGACAAAAGUGAGAAAAUGGAUGAAGAUUGCGCAGGCAGGAGCAAGCACGAUAGUCUGGAUAGCACACAAUUGUUGGGAGAAGGCCCCCUGCAAAAGAACCAUUGCCCAACUUCUCACUACGAAACAGACAAGCAAGAUUCCCUGGAAGCCAAGCCCAGCAAAAUUGCAACUGAAACUCAUUUUAAGAUUUUGA